UUCCCCAAUCUCCAGCACCGCAGCCGCUCGCUUGCCCCCUCUUCUCGUCCGCACAACGCCGAGCAAGAGGAGAGGGAGAGAGGCGAGCGGCAAUGGCGGGCACCGGCAGCCACUCGCUCCUCUCGCCGGCCUCGUCUCUGUCCCCCGCGUUCCUCUCGCGCCACCGAGCUGCCGCCGUCGGUGGAGGAAACCGCCGGCCGAGUAAAGUGCGACCCCAGAUCAGGUGUUGCUCGAAAGACGAAGGUUCGAAGGAAUGCGCAGACAAGUCCUCCAGUAAGGGCAAGGUUGAAGAACAUACUCCUUCAAGACGAAAAUGUAUUGCUUGCCUUUGUGCUGUGACACUAAUCAGUGCAUCAGGCCCAACAAUUUGUGCACCAAACGGACUCGCCGCAGAUAUGAUGAACAAGUCUGGCACACAGAAAGCUGUAUGCCGAAACUGUAACGGCAGCGGUGCUGUAAUAUGUGACAUGUGUGGCGGCACAGGAAAAUGGAAGGCCCUCAACCGAAAGAGAGCAAAAGAUGUUUAUGAAUUCACAGAAUGCCCCAACUGCUAUGGGCGGGGGAAGCUGGUUUGCCCAGUAUGUCUUGGAACUGGCCUGCCGAACAACAAGGGACUCCUCCGGCGACCAGAAGCAAAAGAAUUACUCGACAGGAUGUACAAUGGUAAGAUAUUGCCAAACUCGUAGAUCUCUCAAAGGAUUUUGCUUCUUGGUCACGAGUACAAAGAAACAUUUGAGACAAAUGUAGUUCUCGAGAUGUUAAAUUUUGUUCGUCUUUACACAAGAUUACAGUUUCGAUGAAGGCUUCUGCCUACGAGAUUCUGGUUACAAUAUCAAAACAUAGUGAAUUCGAAAACA